AUGUCGUGGUGGAAUCUUACUCAUCCAAAAGUUUUAUCAAGAAAGAAAGAGGAAAGAAAGCCAGAACCUGAGAUACAAAAGAAAUCAAGUAAAGACACCUCUACAAUAACGUGGAUCAGUGUCACUGCCGUGCUGAUAUCAGUUCUUUUCGCAGGGCUGAUAAAUCGCCUUCGUAAAUGUAACCAUUCUGUGGAUUCAAAGUUAUCAGACCAGGUUGAAAUUUCCUCUGUGACCGGACUGGAUGCUCAAAGAACUAUGACAGAUGUGGGAGAGAGAGGGCUUGUAAGCUUAGAGAAAGUGUUGUCCCAAGGAAGAUAUUCUACUGUUUGGAAGGGUCGCAUUAAAGAACAGCCUGUUGCUGUCAAGGUUUAUCUAGAGGCAACCAAAUUGUCCUGGCAGAAAGAGCGUGUCAUCUACGAGUUAUUAUCUGGAGAUCAUCCAAAUAUUUCUAAGCUAAUUUACAAUGAAUUUCUGGGAGGAAAAGAUGAACCACUUUGGUUAGCCAUAGAUUAUUGCGAGAAUGGUUCACUUCGAGAAUACCUGCUGAAGAAAACACUGAGUUGGAAUGAAGCAAUCUUCUUGGCCAGCGGUAUAACAAACGGAGUUGCCUUUCUUCAAUCGGAAAGCUUUCCCGAUGGUCGCGCGAAAGUUGCUGUCGCCCAUCGGGAUUUAAAAAGCACGAACAUUUUGGUGAGGAAAGAUGGAACCAGCGUUAUCUCCGACUUUGGCUUGGCUUUGUCUCUGGGUUGUAUCGAAGAUGGAAGCGAAAAGAUGCAAGUUGGCACAUACAGGUACAUGUCCCCUGAGGAACUGUUAACCACGGUUGACCUGGACAGCACAGAAACCUUUAAACAAAUGGAUGUCUAUUCUAUGGCACUGGUGCUUUGGGAGAUUGUUUCACGGUGCGCAGUUGCAGAUCAUAGCCCAGGUUCCUAUAAGCUACCGUUUGGGGAAGUGGUUGAUUCCGAUGCAACAUUGAGUGUUAUGGUUGAAGUUGUUGCCCUAAAGCAGUGCAGGCCACAAUUUCCAUGCACUAGCCACGAGGGAUUAAAAAUGUUCUGUCAGACAGUACAAGAAUGUUGGGAUCCAGACCCCGAGGCUCGUCUCACGGCAGACUGUGCUCUAAUGAGACUCAAGGAACUGCUAACGAUGGCACAUGCGCCGUGAUAAAGGUUGUGAUGAACCUGAAACGUUCAGGCGAGCCCAAUUUUGCUCCUGGACAAGU